AUGCGUCCAAGCUAUUGUGGUGAGUCCCACUCCACGGGCUCCUCCAGUACGCAGUUCCGGCGCCACCACUCCUACACCUAUGGAGAGGACGAAGACGCCGUGGAGGCCAAUGACAGCGCCGCCCCUGCGCAGUCCGGUUCGGCCGUGGCCAUUCCUUGGAGAAGCUGCGUCUCUUCCAGCAAGCAACCAGCCACUAUCACUCACGACAGCUCGUCGACUUCGUUGUCUUCGACUUCUUCGUCACGCUCGGCCACCAGGGCUCGUUCGGCGUCGGCUCUUCCUACCAUCACAUCGCUGGCAUUCCACGCCGUGUUCGGCGAGCUGGCCGUCAAGUGCUCCUACAGCGAGGACGAUGAUCUGGAGGGCGACAUCGCCCUGGUGCGCCUCGAUGAGGACCGGAUCGACUUCGACAGGCUCGCGGAACAGCUUGAGUCCUUCUACGGCUUCGCCAAGCGCGGACUGGAAGUUGAGGUGACCUACACGGACAAGGAAGGGGACAAGGUGCGCAUCAGGGACACGGAGAGCCUAACCUACGCCUGCCGCGACUGGCGACGGCAGCUGCGCAACCGAAAGAACAAUGGCCGCAGCCUGCGUGUGGUGGCCAAGGGCAAGCGGCGACGGCCGUAA